AUGACCUGGACUCCUCUGCUCCUGGCGCUCCUCUCUCACUGCACAGGGUCCCUCUCCCAGCCUGUGCUCACCCAGCCGCCGUCCCUCUCUGCUUCUCUGGGAGAAACAGUCAGACUCACCUGCACCCUGAGCAGCGGCUACAAUGUUGGCAGCUACAGGAUAACCUGGUACCAGCAGAAGCCAGGGAGCCCUCCCCGGUAUCUCCUGAACUACCACACAGAGUCAGAUAAGGGCCAGGGCUCCGGGGUCCCCAGCCGCUUCUCUGGAUCCAAAGACGCCUCAGCCAAUGCGGGGAUCCUGACCAUCUCUGGGCUGCAGCCUGAGGAUGAGGCUGACUAUUACUGCGCUACAGCUCAUGGCAGGGGUAGCAGCUACCGUUACCCACAGUGUCUCAGAGGAGGAGGAAGUGAGACCAAAACCUCUAAGGCCAGAGGUGAUGACUGUCUGCCCUUCGGUGUCAAUCAAAGGGAGCCCACCCAGCACCCCCUCAUCAGCCACAGGUCCACCCGCCCCCCAGGGAGUGACAAGGGUCUCAGGAGCCUGUGCCAGAGCCAGGGGCCGAGACCAGCGUGUGUGCUGGCCCAGCCGCCGCCCCUCCCAGGCGGCUACCAGGGGACAGGGGACAGCUGUGUGCCCCCUCCCCCACAGACGGAGCCCAGGCCCCGGAUCCCUGCGCAGGGAGAGGUGGCGCUGUGGUGGAAGCCCCUGCUGGCUGCUCCCUGUUGCUCAGCUGUGCCCCUCCCCGCCCCUCCCCCAGCCUCAGGCAGGUCUUCUGUGCAAUGA